UUGAGCGCCACUGAUGAAAUUCAAAAGGAGAGAGUGACAGAGACAGAGAGCGGAAGAGAGAUGCCGAGGAACGAAGAGAAAGGGAGGUCAGCGAGGACAGCGCUGAGGGAGAUAUCGAACAACAAUGGCGGCAGAUGCGGCGGCGGAGUAAGGUUCUCUAAAUUCUCCGCCACCGCCAAGAAGAAGGAAAAGGAAGGGCACAAGCUUAGGGUCGAAGAACAUGAUAAAGAAGAAAAGGACCACCAAAACGACGACGCUCUCGAUCGGCUCCUGCUCGUUCAGUCCGAUCUCUCCGCCCUAACUCACCAGAUUGAUGAAUUGGUUGUGCAAGCAUUUAAAUGCCGAGGAAAAGCAACAAAAGAAGUCGAAUCGUUCGUGAAUUUCUUGUCCGAAAUGCUUUCGUCUUUGAAGCCAUGGGUGCCCAGGUUUCAGAAGGCACUCUCCGAUCCAACGGAGUAUGCUGCAGAUGAAGUCGAAAGGGUAGAGAUUGAGAGUCCACAAGACUCCUUAAUCUCUCCUUCCCCCCUUGUGUCCUGGCGCGCGGAGUGCACUAUUGAAAGAGGGAGACAUCUGUUUAAGCUAACCCCUCUUCCCAUUUCAAAGUCUCUGUCAUCCAGACCCCCGGUCCCUUCUAGGUCAUCAGUCUUUGAGAGAAUUACUUCAUGUACCGUCGAUAGGAUACCCAAGUUCAAGGCCAAUUUCGGAGAUGCAACUGAUAAUUCGCUUGACCUCAUGGAAACAAAGUCAACUCCAAGUAAGCCUUCUGAUUCGGUUGCUACUGAAGAAGGAAGCAGCCUUGAGCCUGAGUUUGUUUCUCCUCCGCCAAUGUUUCCGAAACAUGGGGGAUCCAUGGUUGUGAAUGUGAUGACUCCAUGCCUAAAAAUGUCUCCUCCUAAAUCAUGUGUUGUGCUUGAACCCAUUUCGGAGUCUUCUCCCAAGGGUCAUCAUGCGGUUCAUAAGUCCACCCCUUUUCCUGUUGGAUUCACAUAUUCCAGUGAUUCCUCUGGCAACGAAGCUUCUGGGGAUCUCGCUUUCCGUUAUCCGGAGCUGUUGGCGCUACAACUGCCGUUCCAAUCAGGAAUUAGAAAGAACCAUGUUGAAUCAUCACCAGAAUGGUGCAUAUCGCCUCCUAAAACUUGUGUUUUACUUGAUCCCCAUGAUGAAAAGUCUCCGGGCAGCGCUGCUACUGAUUUACAAUUGCCAAUUACCGGGCGUCUUCUAGAUAAGCAAAUUAAUUUGUCUGUAUCAAAAGAGAAUGGUUGUCAAGGAGGCACUCACCCAAUCAAGACAUCUUGUCUUCAAGAGACUGCAGGUGGCAGAUUUUCGCUGAUAGAAAGCACUCCCAUCUGGAAAGAAGCUGAAAGCGUUGUUCGAACGGGCAAACAUCCUGGUGAGAAUACUUUAAAGAGGGAGCUAUGGACAAAGUUUGAAGCAGCUUCUUUGAAUGGGGUUCGAUUUAACGACACUGUAACUCACAAGGGAUUUCUUGACCGAUUGGAUGAGGUUGUCGAUGGAGAUUAGCAGUUGGCUUUUGGUUGCAUAGUUUCAUGAUCUUUUGAAAAUUAUGAUUUGCUUGUACAAGGUGGUUCGUAUCUAUCUUAUAGAAGCACAAGGAGCUUGUUACAUGUAAUUUUGUAUCCCCACAGUAUCUCGAACCACCAGCAAGGACAUGUAAUUUUGCAGACUUCAUGGUUUAAAAAUUAGAAAUUCAUCGUUGUUGUAAGCCC